GGAUUAUACGAAGUACAACUUACAUACAUACAACUUUAUCCCUAAUAAUAACUCCUGGAAAGGAAAGCUGAAUAAACAAUCUACAUCUCUCAAACUCCUUAUUCCAAGUUUCAGGGCAGAUAGUGUAUAAUCCCUUCGUGACGGGAUAUUCUAUCAUUGUCUUGUCUUGUCUUGUCUUGCUUGUCUUGUGUUCUUCAUGGUCAGAGAGUGGUUGACGGAAGAAUUAAAGAAUUGUCAAGUAUUAUACCUUUGAUUCUGAUUAUUGCUGCUGAAUAACUACACUACGUAAUAUCUAUCCUAUCCUUGCUUACUGAUACCAACUUGUCAACCCGUGUCUAUGACCUAUUGGCUUUGACGACCUUCUCGAUACGACCGAUAUCUAUCGAGCAACAAGCUCAAGCUUAAGCUCCAGGGCCUCUCACCCCUAGGCGUCCAAGAAUGCCACCCGAUCCCGAAUCACGCGAACCGAUGCUCUCAACCUCGCCAUCUCACUCCCCCUUACCGUCCCCUUUACCGUCUCCCGGUCCGCCUUCCCCACAAACAGACGUCCCAAUCCCCCCAUGGAUACGUCCGAACCAACAACACCACUCUACACCUGGGGCUAAUGCUCGACGGCUCUCGACGCCGUACUCGCGGUCCGCCGCCAACGAUGACUCGGAAGCGCCCUUCGGCCGACGUGUGAUGCGCGCGAGCAUCUCCGUCAUGAACAAGAUGAUCAAGCUCUUCUACAGCCUCUCGCCGCUGCAGCGCGCCCUCGCCAUCAUUGCCAUCAUCGUCUUCCACACCUUACUCAUCCUCUUCCUCGUGUACUCGCACCGCAUCUUCGCCGCCUUCGCCCCCGUUGCGAUCGGCUGGCGCGCCCUCCCCGGCGGCUGGCUCAUCGUCUUCUUCCUCACCUGCGCCUGCGCCUUCCCGCCCAUGGUCGGCUAUAGUACUUGCAUCACCCUCGCCGGGUUUGUGUAUGGCUUCCCAGGCGGCUGGCCCAUCGUCGCCGCUGCCACCGUGUUUGGGUCCACGGCCUCCUUCCUCGCCAGUCGUACCAUCUUCAGUCGGUACGUUCACGCCCUCGUGGGCGGGGACAAGCGCUUCGUCGCUCUAGGGCAGGUGCUGCGACGGGACGGCCUGCUCGUCCUCGCCGCCAUCCGCUUCUGCCCCUUGCCCUUCAGCCUGAGCAACGGCUUCCUAGCCACGAUCCCCAGCAUCACGCCGGUGCGCUUCGCUCUUGCCACCGCCAUGGCCACCCCCAAGCUGCUCGUGCACGUCUUCAUCGGCAGCCGCCUAGCGCUGCUCGCCGAAAAUGGCGACGAGAUGAGCGCCGGCGACCGCGCCAUCAACUACCUGAGCAUGUUCGUCGGCUCCCUCGUCGGCCUUGCCCUGAGCCUGCUCAUCUACCAGCGGACGAUGGCGCGCGCGACGGAGCUCUCGCGCGAGGAGGUGGCCGAGAACGGCAUCCCGAUCGAUGGUGGUGAUGAUGGUAGCGGUGGGCUGGACUACGCGGAUCUCGAGGGUGGCAUGAUGCAUCGAUUGAGGCCCGGCGAGGCCGACGAGGCCGCGCUCAUGAACGACGACGACAUCUCCCUCUGGGAGACGGACGGCAUUGAGCUCGGGUAUAGGGACGAGGAGGAUACGCCGACAAGUACUACUGCAGCAACAAACGGUGGUAGGAUGGAGAAUGGGAAUGGGGGGCACGCUAAGGGGAGAGCAUAGAUUGAAUGAGAAUGGAAAUUUUAUUCUUUCUUCCUUUUCUUUUUUCUGCUUCUACUUUUCUUCUCUUCUCUUCUCUUCUCUUUCUUUCCCUAAUCCCCCAUCAUCGCUUUCACGAAAUUUACUCAUUUAUUGCUUUUAUUGAUAUUACAAACUUAUCUUCAAGGGGAGUAUUCACGGCACAUCGAAUCAGUUCAGUGGGGAGGGGUCAGUUCAGGCGUUUCAGCGAGCAAGCAAAAGAGAGAGGCGGAAUAAAGAAUAGCUGGAGUUACUUGGUUUUUUUUUUUUUUUUUUUUUUU